AUGCCCCUCGCUUCGGGGUACACGACCGCCCUUCCGCGGCUGCCGCCUAUUCCGGCUGCCCAGCCCAGGGCGCGCCAAAAGAAGAAGGACGACAAGCAGGGCAUCACCAAGCUGUAUGCGCAGUUCGCGGUCAACCCGCUUUCGGACAAUCUGAGCAAGUCGGCCAAAUGCGUCUUGACUGCCGAUUGGAGGAUUGCGACGCAAGAGCUGAGGCAUAUGCGCGCGAUGGAGAGGAUAGAGGCGAAGAAGAGUGAGGGGAGGUGGAGUUUGAGACAGCCAAAGAAGGGGAGAGGCGUACCGGUUGUCAAGUCACAUUGGGACUAUAUGCUCGAAGAAAUGUCUUGGAUGAGGGAUGACUUUGCCGAGGAACGCCGAUGGAAACGUAUGCUCGCUCUGGAAUUCGCAUACCAAGUCGUUGAGUGGCAUCUGUCCAGCCCGGAGGAAAAGGCGAAAUCGAUGGUCGGCGGGAGAGGAUGGGGUGCGGCGAGACUCCAGCCAAUACCGGGGAGAAUUGGGCCUGCACCCGUACUCGCGGGAGCGACGGAAGUACGGGCGGGGUCAAGCGCGGCGGAGGAGGAUGUGGAGAUGAUGGUGUUGCCGGAGCCUGAGGGGGAGGGAGGGGAUGGUAGGGGCACAGCGGGAGAAGUGUUGGACGAGAUUAUGGACGAGGCGGCCAAGGGGGAGGAGGCGGCCCAGGCGACGGCGAAGGAUAAAGAGAAGGAACGGGAGACAGAGGCGGGCAAGGCGGCUGAGGCGAUCGCCUCACAGUCUCAACCUGUGGCAGCUAGCAGCAAGGUCGGAGAGGCGAUGGUCGUGGACCCUGCGGGGGACGAGGCGGAUGCCGAAGGCGAAGCGGACGCCGAGGGAGAAGCAGAUGCCGAAGGGGAGGCGGACGCGGAUGGCGAGGUGGACGAUACGGCCGUCGAGGGCGUCAUUGGUCUCUCAGACCUAGCGACCGCCAAGUCUACCAAGGGCUCAGAAGCGGAGGAAGAGGAAAAAAUCAGCGAGCCGGCCGAACGGAAAGACACCGUCCUGGCCAACGGACUCAUCCUCAACAAGCGCUUUUCAAAGCUUGACGAGCUCGUCGUUGCGCGUAGACCACUCCUCAACCUCUCCCUCACCGAAGCGUCGGUCGACCUUGACGGCCUGCCAUAUCCGGAACUACCCCCUCCUUCUGCCGAAGCAGGACCAUCCGAGCCGGCUCCUUCCGCAUACCUCACUGACCUCUUUCCGGAUCUGGCGGCAUACGAUGGACCUCACCCGCCUACAGACGGGAAAUCCGCUUAUCGGAUGGACGACGGCUAUACUUCUGGCCACCGCAUCGCGCACACUUCCCGCCUCAUGGACAUCCGUCCUGUAUUCGUGUCCACCAUCAAGCCGGCGCAGAAUGCGCAUCUCGGCGAGUGGGAUCUCUCCGUCGGACCAUUCUACGAAGACCCGCGGGGAUCUUCCGCGAUCGGCCCCGAAGUCCUCGCUGCUACGUGCAGCGUCUUUGGCGGUCGAGGUAUCCGCCCGCCCAACGCCUCGCACGUUCCCAUGCAACCUACUCCUGCCGCUCAUCACCUCAAAACGGUGCUCGUCUGGACAGACGAGGAGGAGAGAGUGCUCGUCCGCCUCAUCACCACCUACCCGUACAAUUGGGCACUUAUCGCCGACUCUUUCAACUCGGAGAUCGUUGUCAUCCCUACGGAAAAGCGGACGGCGUUUGAUUGUUGGGACAAGUGGUACUGGAAGUGGGGGCCAGGAAAGGGACAGACCAAGCCCGAGGUAGCCGCACCGGGGAGCGCGAGGUCCUCUAUCGUUCCCGGAUCGGCUGCGUCGUCGUCUCUCACGCCUGUACCGCCAACAGCAUCCGGGGCCGGCUCGCAGCCGCCCUCAGCUCUGGCCGGGCCGAGUCGGCUUGGAGGCGCGUCGACGCCCGGCGGUAUAGCAGUACCGACUCUGCCUCCUCUGUCUGGUGGUGGCGAGGCGAAUGGGGAAGGACCGCCGCCUCCUGGCUUGUCGAAGCGCGAAGCGAGGGCGCAGAAGAACAAGUACGAAGGGAGCAAGAAGGCGGUCAGGCAUCAAGUCCUCUUUGAUUCAAUGCGGAGGCUAUCUAGGCGACGCGAGCAGAACAAGCAAAAGGCGAAUCCAGAACAACCCCAACGAGUCAUCAAUGUCCACGAGAGUCACGCGACCUAUAUGGCCGCUACCGUCCCCACACCCUGGGAUCUCGUCGAGAACAAAUGGCAGCGUGAUACGCUUAUCGUCCGGCAGCGUCAAGCUCGGGCGAUGCAGGACCAAGCAGCCCGGCAGGACGCUAUGCGCGUGCAUCAACAGCAGAAUCAAGCGCAGAUCCUCGCGGCGCAUGCGGCGCAACAGCAACUUCGGGCAAAUAACUCGCCCAUCGUCAAUAACGCUCCUAAUCCCAAUGCUCGCGCGGGGCCAUCGGGCCAGGUCGGUCCGGGUCCUGGAUCAGGGCCUGGUCUUUUGCCAACGCAGCAGCUCCUCACUGCUGUAGCUGCGGCGAGGCAGGCGGGGAAUGCGGCGGGGCAUGGUCAGGUCCAGCUCCAAGGACAGGGCCAGGGCCAGCUGGGUCAGCCUACCCAGUCCACUCAGGUCCAGGCGCACAUUCAGAUGCUCCAAGCGCAGCAAGCUGCCGCUCAGCAGGCGCAAUCCCUCGCGCACGCGCGAGCGCAGAGUCAGGGUCAGGGUCAGGGCCAAAAUCACCCCGCUAGACAACCGGACGGGACCGCCUCGGCCUCGCCGUACAACGGACCCGGCGGCGAUCUGCCCGGACAAGAAGGCAUGCACUCGUCACCGCAGCUUCAAGCGGGUCGGGUGGCCAAUAUGGGCCUCGCCAUGGCCCAGCCGCAUCUCCGCAUUUCGAGCAAUGGGAGCCAAGGGUCACCGCAGAUGGCUUCGACGUCGGUGCCUCCGCCCCAGCAGCAACAGCAACAGCUACAGCCGCAGCAACAACAGCAACAGCAGAUCAUGGGCAACGGUAAUCAGCAAUUUGUGCAGAAUCUGAUUGCCCAGCUGCAGGCGUCAGGAACGGCGCCGACUCCGGAGAAUCUGCGGGCGUUGCAGAUGAGUAUUGCGCAGCAGCAGCAGAUGGGGCAGCAACAGCAGAUGGGUCAGGGGACGCCGCAGAUGGGUAUGCAGAAUCUCGGGGGUCAGGCGAGUCUUUCUAUCUCUUGCUUGAUGUCUGAUAUGGGGAUCAGGCUGAUGAUGCAGCCGCAGUACGCACGCUCUCCGAGUGUUCAGGCGGUACAGGCCGCACAGGCGCAAGCGGCGGCUCGGGCGAGUCCGAAGCCUAAUGCGUAG